UUUCAUAACCUACAAAUCUAUCCUUGAAAUCAGUAAAAUGAAAUGUAAACAUGUAAUGAAAACAAGAAUCAAGAAGUUUGCAGAGUGUGGAAUAAUUUAGUAUAGAUGUUUACAUUUUAGAUGAAAGUUUCAUGGUUGGCAUAAAUAAUUACGCUAUUAUUAGAAAGAAGGUUUAUUCACAAUCAACUUACAUUUCUUUAUCUAUAUUGGAAUUGAACACUGUUGUAUUACUCCUACUUUGCUCAGUGACAGUAACUGAAUUGUAAUUUGUGAACAUUCAACGCGACAUGGAUGACACUGCCAUGAACUUGAAAUAUUUGAAAUGCAAAUUUAAAGUAAAAAAAUGGGAGAGUGAUUUUAUAAAAGAAAAUGGAAUAGCACCCUCCAAGGCUGACAUUAAAGCUGCUCCUUCAAAAAUCAAAGAAGCUUAUAGAAUCUAUUGGAAAUUGAAGACCCAAGUACUCGAGAAUAGUAUUAACAUUGACGAAGACGCUCAGGAUUGUUUCUCUCUGGAUUCGAGCUCAGCUAGCUUAUCAAAUUUAGAUAAAUCAUCGUGUGACAUCAAUUUGUCGGAAACAAUUGACAACAGCUGUUUCAACGUAUUAUUAAAUGAGGCUAGUGUGUCAGUCCUCGGCAGUGAACAACUGAAAAAUAACAAAGAAAAUGUUGAGAGUCACCUGGCAAAUAAACCUGUUGAAAUUGCUGAGAAAGAGUCCUCUGUUAAGGAUGAUGGGAAGGUCGAGUCGCGUGUUAGUGUUGAAUAUGAGGUGAAUAGUAAGAAUGUAUGGGGAGAUCAUUUGAGCAAAAAGAGUAUUGAAAGUAAACAACCAAACAAGUCCAAGGCCUCAGUAUCUUAUUCUUUCUCUGAUAAAUUAUUUAAAAACUUCACAUUGAACAAGAGGAAUCCUAGAAAGUCAUUGAAGAAGAAAAAGAAUGAAAGCUCAUCUGCUGCGAAAACAGAAGUUUUGUACAAAACUAACGGUGUGGAGGAAAAAUUAAACGAUACGUUGAACAUUUCUGAUGAAGCUAAGGAUAUCGUGCUCACUCCCAAUAAAACCGAAUUUGAAAAUUGCGAGUCUCCAAAUGUAAGCAGACAUCAAUCAUCUGAAGAGCCAGUCUCUGUUUUCAAUUUAUUUGAUGAGAAAGUCAAAGUUCUCAUCAAAUCCACUCCCAUCAAUAUGCAACCAACAAAUAUUCUACCGCCAACCUCAAUGAAGAGUUGCAAGAAUAUUUCAUUGACGCCUCGAUCUUUUGAUAAAGGCUGGCUUGAAAGAACAAACGCUCACAACAAGCUAAGUGUUUCGAAUAGUUUCGACUCUGGAAUCGAUUCCGGCGAGUCAGUUAUCGGCAAUCCUGCAUUCCCGACCGCUUCAACGUCCCAGAACUGUUAUUUGGAUGAUGAAAAGGCCAACGAUUCUCCACCGAUCGCCUUGACUGCAUCAUGCAGCAAUACUCAAGUAGCCAAUGAAAGUGACGAUGAUCUAGUCUGUAAUAGCGAUACAGAAAACUCACAAAAUAUUUUCAGCUUACCCAUACUGACCAAGAAACGUUCUCUCCAAAGGUACAAAUCAGACAACAAUAUUGAACAAGCUUUGAAAAGAAUUCGGAUGGAACACACGGUAGAUAAAUCCAGUACUGUUGAAUCUAGUCAUAAUGUUGAGCCUAGUAAGAAAAGUAACAAACUUGACAAUAAAAAGACAUUCAAUAUGUCUGAUAAUGAGAGGAAAGAAGCUAUAUUGCGUAAGAAAGUUGCCAGCGGCAAGGCCAAUGAGAACUUUGUGCGUAUUAAUAUUCAGAAAAAAGUUUUUGUACGUGGUAAGAAAAACUUGAAUUUCUCAAAGUAUAAAAAGCAACAAUGGAAAAAGAAGAAAAGUCAAAUGGCGUCUGCUGGUAAUGGAGAAGAUGCAUCAGCCUACCUGAAAUGUUCGAAAUGUGGAGACAAUGGUCAUUUUGCAAGGAACUGUAUAAGAGGCUUGGACAAACUGAUUCCAAAGGAAGAAUUCGACGAAAUGGAAGAUGAAUGUCCUUUUCCAUCUCUGGAGGAAGCAGAAGAGCUGGCGAGAGCAGUUGCUGAUCGAAUGUGUCCCAAAAAGAGCAAAACCAAUCUGGCUGGAAGUUCUACCACUACAGAGGAUCAAGGAACUUCUUCUGCUUCCCAAGAGGGUAUAGACGAUGAGGCGCCUCAAGAACCUGUUACUGAAGAGAAUGCCGAAAAUAUUGAGAAGAAACCAGUUGGCAAACCUGAUGUUAAACAAAGCGCACCACCUCUUUUCAAACUCAAUGACGAUGGAACCAUUCCAGAUACUCCAUUGUCUGUAAUGCAAGGACUUGAGCAGUUUGGCCAUAGCAGCUUCCGCAGAGGACAAGAGGAGGCAGUGAUGCGCAUCAUGUGUGGCCUCUCAACGCUGGUCACCCUGUCUACAGGCUCCGGCAAGAGUCUCUGCUAUCAGCUGCCCGCUUAUCUGUUCAGAAAAUACUCGAAAGAACCGUGUAUAACGCUUGUCAUAUCACCUCUUAUUUCUCUCAUGGAGGAUCAGAUUGUGACAAUGUCAAAAGCUCCAAUAAAAAUCGGCUGUUUCCACAUGAAUCAGACAACUAAGCAACGACAGAGCUUUCUAGACUUGCUGAAAACCGGUGACAUGGACGUGCUUCUCGUUUCGCCGGAAAUGAUAGUGUCGAACGACCGACUUCCGGGCGGACUGGGAAAGGUGCUCCAGGAUUUGCCACCGAUUGCGUUUGUCUGCAUUGACGAGGCGCACUGUAUCUCACAAUGGUCGAGCAACUUCAGACCUUCCUAUCUCAUGCUGUGUAAGGUACUGAAGGAGCGAUUUGGAGUGAAAACGUUUCUGGGUCUGACAGCAACCGCUACACAGAUAACGGUAUCGGGCAUGACUAGUGAGCUCGGCGUACUCGACGGUCACAACGGAAUCAUCUCUGACGAACCUCUGCCCGAAAAUUUGGUUCUGACAAUUUCUCAUGACGAGGACAAAGACCACGCACUUAUUGACCUGUUACAGAGCAAUCGGUUCGGAGUACCCAACUCGGUUAUUAUCUACUGCACCAGACGGGAAGACUGCGAGAGGGUCGCUGUUUACAUCAGAACUCGUUUACAGUUUGAAGAAGCUGCAAGAGAAUCACAUAAAAUGAGAGGCAGAAUCUCAGUGGUAGCCGAACCUUAUCACGCUGGUUUAACAGCCGCCAAAAGGAAGAAGGUGCAGGAAUCAUUCAUGACUGGUAAGCUAAGAAUUGUAGUGGCUACAAUAGCGUUUGGCAUGGGUAUCAAUAAGCAGGACAUCAGAGGCAUCAUUCAUUACAACAUUCCGAACUCAUUCGAGAGAUACGUGCAAGAAGUGGGCAGAGCCGGGCGUGAUGGCGAGCCAGCUUACUGUCAUCUAUUUCUCGAUCAUCAGGGCGGCGACCUGAACGAACUGCGUCGCCACGUGUUUGGGGACUCGAUGGACCGGCACACGAUCCGCAAGCUGCUACAGCGCGUGUUCGUACCGUGUCGCUGUCGUGCCGACGUAGCCUGCACUCGCCACGAGGUGGCCUUCCCCGUCGCCGACACGGUCGAGGCACUCGACCUCAAGGAGGAGAGCAUCGCCACUCUGCUCUGCUACCUCGAGCUGCAUCCCAAGCGGUGGAUCACCACUCUGCCCAACAGCUACACCAUCUGCAAGGUCCAGUCCUACAAGGGUGGACGGGAUCUGUGUAGGGCCGCCUUGAAGUGUCCGCCUCUAGCUGUAGCUGUGUCCAAACAACUCUCCAAAGGAAUUAAGAAAGAAAAGCUGGGUUCCCUGAGUUUUCCAAUAAUCGAGUUGGCUGCUGAACUGGGAUGGGAUAGUGGUAUGCUCAAAUACCACUUGAAGCAACUCGAAUGGGCUGAUAAAG